AUGAAGGAGUUGCAGGCGCAGUUGAAAGAGCUCAACCUGUCCUUAGCCGGUGCUGGUAAUGGAAAGAAGGAAACCAAGUUCACCUUGAAGGUGCCAAAGGGAACUAAGGAUUACUUCGGUACCGACAUGGCCAUUCGCGAGAAGAUCUUCAACACCAUCACCGGGGUCUUCAAGCGCCACGGUGCUGUCACCCUCGACACUCCCGUUUUCGAGCUCAAGGAGAUCCUGUCUGGCAAAUAUGGAGAGGACUCCAAGCUCAUCUACGACCUCCAGGAUCAGGGUGGUGAGCUCUGUUCAUUGCGUUAUGACUUGACCGUGCCCUUUGCACGAUGGCUCGCCAUGAACAACACCGUCACCAACAUCAAGCGUUACCACAUUGCCAAGGUCUACCGUCGUGACCAACCCGCUAUGAACAAGGGACGUAUGAGGGAAUUCUACCAGUGUGAUUUCGAUAUUGCUGGUCAGUUCGACCCCAUGGUCCCAGAUGCUGAGGUCUUGAGGAUCUUGGUGGAGGUCUUGACUGCCCUUGACAUUGGCAAGUUCACCAUCAAGCUCAACCACCGUAAGAUUCUCGAUGGUAUGUUCGAGACCUGUGGUGUUCCUGCCGAGAAGAUCCGCACCAUCUCUUCCGCUGUCGACAAGCUCGACAAGAUGCCUUGGGAGGAUGUUAAGAAGGAGAUGGUCCAGGAGAAGGGCCUUGACGAGGCUGUUGCUGACCGUAUCGGAGAAUACGUCCAGCUCAAGGGUGGUCGCGAUCUGCUCGAGAGGCUCCAGGCCGAUGAGAAGCUUCAGGCUAACAAGUCCGGUGCUGCCGGUACCGCUGACAUGGCUCUCCUUAUGGACUACCUGGAGGCUUUCGAUAUCCUUGACAACGUCUCCUUCGAUCUCUCCCUUGCUCGUGGUCUUGACUAUUACACUGGUGUCAUCUACGAAGCUGUCACUGAGGCUUCCGCUCCUCCAGCGGCUAAGCAGGGCGUCAAGAAGCCUGCGCCUAAGAAGGCCCAGCCCACGGAUCCUGAUGCCGAUCGCUCCGAUGAUGACACUGUCGGUGUAGGAUCUGUCGCUGCCGGUGGUCGUUACGACGAGCUCGUCGGCAUGUUCUCCAACAGCAAGAAGGGAGGUAUCCCCUGUGUCGGUGUCUCCAUCGGUGUCGAGCGUGUCUUCUCUAUCAUCAAGCAGCGGACGGAGGCUGCCAGCGUCCGAAGCAACGAGGUCGACGUUUACGUCAUGGCUUUCGGUGGAGGCAAGGACUGGGAUGGUUUCGUGAAGGAGCGUAUGAGGGUGUGCAAGGAGUUGUGGGAUGCUGGCAUCAAGGCCGAGUUUUUGUACAAGGCUAAACCUAAGCCAAGACCCCAGUUCGAGGCUGCGGAGAAGAGCGGUGUGCCAUUGGCAAUUAUUUUGGGCCAGGAGGAAUACAACAAUGGUCAAGUCAGGCUGAAGGAGUUGGGUUUGAAGGAGGAGUCUGACGAGGGUGCACUGAUACAGCGUGGAGACCUGGUUGCUGAAGUCAAAAAGUUGCUCGAGAAGUCUGCUUGA